CCCUCUCGAACUGUAUGCACUGCAGUGGUCCUUUCUUCUCUGCUGAGUUUUCAUGGCCAGAAAAUCGCAGAAAACCCUCAAGAACACUGACACCAACAACACCAACACUGCAAAACGCACACGCAAAACCGUUCCAAGAGACUCACCACCACAACGAAGUUCAAUCUAUAGGGGUGUCACAAGACAUCGUUGGACUGGUCGGUAUGAGGCUCAUCUCUGGGACAAAAACUGUUGGAAUGAAUCGCAGAGCAAGAAAGGAAGACAAGUAUAUCUAGGGGCGUAUGAUGAUGAAGAAGCUGCAGCGCGUGCUUAUGAUUUGGCAGCAUUGAAGUACUGGGGCCAAGAUACCAUUCUCAAUUUCCCAUUAACAAAUUAUGAGGAGAAGCUCAAGGAAAUGGAGGGUCAAUCAAAAGAAGAAUACAUUGGAUCCUUGAGAAGAAAAAGCAGUGGAUUUUCUCGAGGAGUUUCAAAAUACCGAGGUGUAGCAAGACAUCACCAUAAUGGAAGAUGGGAAGCUCGAAUUGGAAGGGUCUUCGGCAACAAAUACCUAUAUCUUGGAACAUAUGCUACACAGGAAGAGGCAGCAGCAGCAUAUGACAUGGCAGCCAUAGAAUACAGAGGAGCUAAUGCUGUUACAAACUUUGACGUGAGUCGUUAUAUCAAUUGGCCAGGUCCUAAAAGCGAAGAAGAACAUAAAAAUGUUGCUAUAAAUGAAAAUGUAAACUCUAAUGGCGAUAUUGAACUAGGGUUUGUUUCACAUGAACAUGGUUCGAUCACUGAUGUGAACACAACAGAGCAUGUAGCACAAUCUACAGAGUCAAAUCCUUCUCGUCGCACAUUCCCAGAAGACAUUCAAACAAUUUUUGAGAGUCAAGGACCAGACAUCUACACUGAAAAUGAUGAUAUCAUUUUUGGUGACUUGGGUUCAUUUGGGGCACCAAUUUUUCAUUUCGAGCUUGAUGUUUAGAAGGCUGGUAUCAUUAUUGUUCUUUCCAUAUCUUAUUUUUCAAAAGGGGAUAAUCAACCAAAAAACACGAUAAAGAAGUUAAGGGUACAAGUAAACAUUUUACAAAUUUCAAUGGAAGAUUCUUUAGUAAUACACAAGGGGGAAAGAAAUUCUAUAGUUUUAUUUGUGAUACAACAAAAUCAAUUCAGUUUUGUUAUUUGUCUCCACCAACUUGUGUAGAUGUCACAACAUUUAGUUAUUACUAGAAUAAGAAUAGUAAAAAUAAAUCAUUGAUGGUU